AUGCCGAAAGAGAAAAAGAAAGAUGAUAUGAACACAGAGUUGGAGCAUGUCGACAGGAAUAUCUCAUCUCUCAACGCCAUUCCUCGGCUAUUUGAGAUGACCUACUUGACUCGAUUGACUCUAAGUCAUAACAAACUUACCUCCAUUCCUCCAAAUAUCGCUGACUUGGAAAAUCUUCAGGUGCUCACACUGUGGAACAACCAGAUCGAGGAACUGCCGUCUUCGAUAUCCAGUCUCUCCAAACUCCGUAUCUUGAACGUAGGUAUGAACCGUCUCUCUGUUCUUCCACGAGGUUUCGGUUCAUUCAAGUCGUUAGAGAUUCUCGAUCUGACCUACAACAAUCUAAACGAAAGGAGUCUCCCUGGAAAUUUCUUUUUCAUCGAGACUCUACGAGCGCUUUACCUCGGUGACAACGAUUUUGAACUUCUUCCUGGCGAUGUGAUGAAUCUUCGUAAUCUGCAGAUCCUUGUACUACGAGACAACGACCUCCUCGCAAUACCCCGAGAGAUUGGGCACCUCAAUAACCUGAAGGAGCUGCACAUUCAAGGAAACCGCCUCACUAUCCUACCACCAGAACUAGGAGUUCUAGACUUGAUCGGAAACAAACAAGUUCUAAGAUUGGAACACAAUCCAUGGGUCCCAAGCAUUCAGGAACAAUUCGACGCAAGAGGAGCUCAAGGUGUUAUGGACUUUAUCCGUAGCGAACAGUACAAGUACUUCUACGGACGACAGGAAGUAACAACCGGUCCAGUCCCUCCGAAACGAAAUAAGGAGAAGAAGAUCUCCAGAAAAACGCAUCAAUCGCAGUGCGGCUCAUAG